CACUCAAAACAGACCCGACUGGGAAACCGGAAAUAUCGCAUGCCAGCGCUGCUAGCUAGCUAAUGUCAAUGCUUUUAUUUUAAGUAGAAAACGAUCGUUAACACAGGUAUUUUCCUAUGUACAAACGCUCUCUGCAAGACGGAUUAACUAGCAUAGGCGACAUAGAGGGCCGGUAGUUGCCAAUGGCCGGAGCGGAGGCGAGAGGAAGACCAAAGGCAGGACAUCGGAGCGUCGCGGUGUUGUUCCUGCUGUUCAACUGUGUGAUCAGGUGUACAGAAUGUGCAAAACCGAGCAACAUCGUAUUAAUUCUAACCGACGACCAGGAUGUGCUUCUCGGAGGAAUGACUCCUGUGAAGAAGGCCAAAGCCCUGAUUGGUGAUGCAGGUGUCUACUUCUCCAAUGCCUACACAGUAACCCCCUUGUGCUGCCCCAGUCGCAGCAGCAUCCUCACGGGGAAGUACCCCCACAACCAUGAGGUUCGCAACAACUCCCUGGCGGGCAACUGUAGCAGCCCUGCCUGGCAGAAGGGCCCGGAAGCCCUGGCCUUCCCUGUCUACCUCAGCAAACAGCUCUACCAGACUUUCUAUGGGGGGAAGUACCUCAACCAGUACGGAAGAAAAGAGGCUGGAGAUGUGGGCCAUGUCCCUCCGGGCUGGGACCAGUGGCACGCGCUGGUGGGAAAUUCACAGUACUACAACUACACCCUCUCGGUGAACGGCAAAGAGGACAAACAUGGGGACAGCUACGAAAAGGACUACCUCACUGACCUCAUUGUGAACAAAUCUCUUAGUUUCUUGGAUGAGCGAAGCCCCCAGCACCCGUUUUUUAUGAUGCUGUCCCCUCCUGCCCCUCACUCGCCUUGGACAGCCGCACCCCAGUAUGAGAAUUCCUUCAUCAACAUGAAGGCCCCCCGUGACGGCAGUUUCAACAAACCUGGAAAGGACAAGCACUGGUUGCUGCGACAGCCCCUCAACCCCAUGUCCAACAGCUCCAUAGACUUCCUGGACAAUGCUUUUCGGAGGAGAUGGCAGACUCUCCUGUCAGUGGAUGACCUAGUGGAGAAGGUGGUGAAGAAGUUAGAGGAUCUGAAAGAGCUGGACAACACUUAUAUCUUCUACACUUCUGACCAUGGCUACCACACAGGCCAGUUUUCCCUACCCAUUGACAAGAGGCAGCUGUACGAGUUUGAUAUCCGCGUGCCCCUCAUGGUGCGCGGCCCUGGAAUCAAGCCCAACCAGACCCUGCAGGCCCCAGUGCUGAACAUAGACCUGGGUCCCACCUUCCUGGACAUCGCUGGAGUCAACCUGUCCGAGGUGAACAUGGACGGACAAUCCUUCCUGCCACAGAUGGCCCCAUCUUUGCGUAAUGGCACCUCUCGUCCCUACUUCCUGGUUGAGUAUACGGGAGAAGGCCACUCCGCCCCUGAUCCUGCCUGCCCUAAACUGGGCCCAGGCCUGUCUCAAUGCUUUCCAGACUGUGUGUGUGAAGAUGCCUUCAACAACACUUAUGCCUGCGUCCGCACCCUGACUGGCUACAAUAUGCAGUACUGUGAGUUUGCUGACAGUGAGUCCUUUGUGGAGGUCUACAACUUGACCUCUGACCCUCAUCAGCUGGAGAACAUUGUCAAGAAGGUUGACCCUGCCCUCCUGCAGACCAUGAACCAAAGACUGAUCAAACUGCAGUCAUGUGAGGGAAGCAGCUGCAGGGACACAAAGUAUUAGCCAAUCGCAGCAGGGUGGGCAGGACCUCAACCCUGUUCUAAGAUUGUUGAGCACUUUGAAUGGGAGUGAAGGAUGCAUCAACCGACUCCUUUUGAAUGUGAACCAAAACCCUUCAUGAGCCUUUUUCUCUGUUUCGUUUUUGUUGGCCAUUUGUGUGCCAAAGUCCGCCUAUGCACCUCAAGAGUGAUUUGUAUCACCCAAAGUUUAAAUGAAAGGAUGCAUGUCAACUGAGACUAACAUAACAGUUGUAUUAUUAUGGUGCCCAUACAAAAUACUGAUACUAAAUGGGAGUGUUUCAGUGUCUAGUCCUUAUUAAGAUUCAUCAUGGCCUUCAUUCAGCAUUUUUUGACUUCAGUAAGCAAUGUUGAAUUCAAAACCUUAUGGUAGGAAUAUUCCUACACUUGUUU